AUGGAAGAUGACUACAUCCAACAAGCUAGAGUCUCCCCACAUUGGUUAUCUGAGGGCAGCGCCUUCUGGUAUCGCCAGAAUCUACCAGCCGACAGGUUCGCCUUCAUCUACGUCAAUGCCACAGAGAAGCAGCGACGCCCAGCUUUUGACCACGAUAAGCUAGCGAAGGCGCUUCAAGAGAAAAUCAACCAAAAAGAUGGAGAAUUCGACGCUUUCAAGCUACCCUUCACAUGGAUCGACCUUGAAGACGAGUCGUCCUCCAUCCGAUUUCUCUACGAGGGAAAGAAAUGGCGUUUUGAUACUGAAGCCAAUCUUAGUGAGUGGGAGGGUGCGCUCAAUCUGCCCACGACGCCGUUCAUCUCUAAGGAACGUGCAUCUGUGCACUCGAACCACUCCGUCACUAUCACUUUUGUCAACAAUAGCAAGGCGGACUUGAAGAAGUAUUGGGUAGACUGGGAAGGCAAGCCAGUGCUUUAUGGAGGGAUUGGAAGUGGUUUAAGCAACACUCAAAGAACUUAUGCCGGUCAUGUCUGGAAAUUUGUCGAUGAGUCGGGGACUGUCAAGGCAAUCUACGCCACACCCGAAGAAAUUGUCUCUUCUGUGGUUAUUGAUGAGACUACCAUGGAUGAGCUCGGUCCCCAAAACUCAGAAAACGGUGUUGAAGAGAAAUGUGACAAGAAAACGAGCCCAGAGUCUGGCUUGAGCGAGAAGGACUCGCCCCACCUCUUUGUGCGAGACUUCGACCUUUGGUGCCGGAAUGAGGACAAGGAAGAGGUGCGUCUUUCAGGUAACGGCGCCGAAUACAAUCAGUAUGAUGAUUCAAACAUCUGGAUGUCUCCAGACAAGAAGUUUUGUGUCGCCUGGCAAUUCGUCCCGGAGGAAGAGCAUAAAGUGCAUCUUCGCGACUCUGUUCCGAAAGAUCAGCUCGAGCCAAAGGCGAAAAGCAUCCGUUAUUUGAAGGCUGGAGAUCGCACACGAAAGAAGAGGUCGUUACGGACGCAGCCUUAUUUCAAAACCCCUACGAACUGCGGAACAUCGGAUGGAGUCGUGAUUCUUCGGAAUAUCGCUUCAUAUACAACGAGCGUGGCCAUCAACGCCUACGUGUCAUAG